CUGUACUCCUGUGGCCAAGAAAUUGAAAAGCUUCGUGGGAUUUGGUUCUGGCCAGAAUGUAAUGAUGCAUAACCAGACAUAACUCCUUGCUAACUCCCGUCCAGGACUGAACACAAGUACUACAACCAAUGUUAGCCAGCAGGGACCGUCAUUAAUAGCGAGCCAGUUCAGCAGGUACCCCCCAAUGGCGUCGUUAUGGUUGGAGGUUUGCUACCUUUGAGCAGUGAAAGAUACAUGAGUACUGUUGGGUGUGGAAAAAAAUAAAAACCCCACUAGAAUGGUAAGAAAAAUUUUUGACAUUUUUUUCUCCCCAGCAGAAAUGGCCAAAUCUAACUUAUAUGGGUCAAAAAAGGAGAAUGGCCAAACUGUGGAACGGCCGGCAUUAUCACCCAGGCAAGCAAAGGCGAUAUUUUGCCAGAUUGAUAAAUAAUUUCCAGGCUCGCCUGUAAACAAAUACACAGAAUUGAAAGAUGCGGUGAAUGGCAAAUGCCGCCAACAGGAAAAGGAAAAGAGCCUCUUGUAGAUAUUAAUUGGCCAUAGAGCACCAAUGAGACCGUGCAACAUGCCGUUUCAAGAUGUUUUAUCCGAAAUACGAGUUUUUGAACGGGAACGAAGAAAGAAACCAAAUUACGCACACCCCACCUCUGCACUAUCAUCUCCCGAGACAACUAAAUAUGUCCCGACCAACCAGAACAGCAAAGUUACCAUACUACGAGAACCGGUUUAAGGUAUGGAAAGAAAAAUGAGUUUCCUUACUGCGAAAUUACAAGCUAAGGAAUUGGCACAACAAAACGUAACACAUUCAUCAUCAGUGGUUUGCCACAGAUGUGGUCAGAAAGGACACAGGCUAUGUUCACACACAUGGCGUAGCCUACGCCUUUGUGUGUGAACUAGGCAUUGGUGUUAUUAAAGCCACUCACUACACCACGUCCUUGGCGUUAUUAACGCUACCUGCAGACCCCAGAUUAGCUAACGCCAGUGAUGCUUGAAUGAUUUUGACCUCAGGUCAAGAGAUUGGCCAAUCACGAUUAAUUUUGCAAUAACUAAACAAGCUAGCUAUGCUAGAACUGAAAGCGUGCGAACAGUUCACGGUGUCUUUCUUGAGUGAUUUUAUUUUGAGAGUGCAGGCCUAUUGUUUGGAUAAGAAAAGUCUAUUUGUAUUUCACAAUGAUGGUUAAAAGCAGAGUAACAUGGAGGGCUAACGAAGUCAGCGACCUAAUUGCGCUUUGGGGCAGUCCUGAAUUUCGCGACAGGAUAGAGGUGAGGAAUUGGAAGUCAAGCGCUGGCAAUCAGAUGGCUGUUUUUAAAGAAAUGGCUGAACGUCUACACCGCCUUGGUCAUCCAAAAAAGGACGGCCAUCAUGUACAAACAAAAAUAAAGGGACUCCGGGCUUCUUUCAAAGCCGUCAAAGAUAAAAUGAACAAGUCAGGUGCAGGGACCGACAGCCUGGGCGAUUUUGAAUAUUUCGAAGAAAUCAACAACAUUCUGGGCCAUAGGCCAAACGUGAACCCUUCUCCUCUAACAAUCGGAGACUUGUCCGUUUCACGUGAAGUCGGACUGGCGGGCAACCGUAUGCCUAUGCCCAGUGGCCAGAGGCCUAGGCCUGCAUCCUGCAACAGGAUAAGUGAAAAUGAGAACAAUGCGAGCAAAGACAGUGUGUCCCCGGUCGACUUUCUUCGGCGACCAGGUAGUAGUUGUGGUAGGAGUAGUGGAAAUAGUGAUGAUGCACUCCCGACGUUCAAAGGUGUUCCGUAUAGUCGAGGAAUGAUUAUUGGGUUUGAAGAUUGGUAUGCAGAAGAUGAUGCGAUGGAAUCUGCAUCGCUUGGCACAAAUUCUGAAGGCAAGUACAGACUACUAAAAAUAUAUAAAUUGGCAGAGCAUUAAAUGUAUCCUAUUUAUUGAACAUGAUUAUUGAACAUGAUUAUCUAAACAUUGUGUAUUUAUCAACAAUUGCACUUGACAAUGUAAUUUGUUCUUUUUUUUACAGAAGAAUUAACAAGCGAAUAAUUUGCAUUUUGGCGUAGCACUUGGCUUGUAAACUCUUAAUAUUUUCUUUUUAUUAUUAGUUUAACUGAAAAUCAAAUGCAUUGUUCUCCAUAAGGUCACAAUGGUGAAGUGGGGGAUGAUGUAUUGGGAACUCCAGACUCAUCAAACAAAGUAGAUGAAGUGGAAGGAGUGGAUGAAUCUGUGCCAGAAACGCCUGUCACUGGAGAACCGAGAGGUAUUUAUUUUUUUUAUGUCACCAGUUUCUUUCUAGUGACUUUGAUACAUAUGAUUAAAUAGAUUCAUAAAUUUAGAAUAUGUACAUCUUUUCAUGUAAUGUGUGUCAGUAAUACACACAAUGUAUAGUCCCUUAAUUCUAAACUCAUUUGGAAUUAAAACAUGAAUGUUGGAAAAAUUUGGGUAAUAGCAUCAGCAAUUUAAAAAUUUGUGCAUUUGGCUAUAUCAUUCCAGAUAAAAAGCGAAGACUACUAAGUGGGACAAAAAAGGAUAGGGCCAUUGACGCUGUGAGCAAAAGAAUAAAAGAAGCAUCAGAUUCUAACUGGCGUAGAAUGUCAUCCAUGUAUGAGCGAAUGCGGGAAGAAGACAAAGCUGACAGGGCAGAAGAGCUGCAGAUUAUGCGUACGAUGACGUCGGUGUUAGAGAGGAGCUUGCAGGAUAGAAGAGAGGAAAGAAGAGAGCCAAGAGAAGCAAUGAUGGAAGACAGACGCGCAAGAGAGGCUUCGAUGACUCAGCUUUUCUCAAUGAUUCGUCCACAUCAACCACAACAACCACAUCAAUAUCAGUACAACAAUCACUAUACACAAUUGCAAUAGUUUUCUCUUCUGCAUGACCUUAAAACAACUCCUGAAUUUCUAGAAUUAGAUUUUUAUACAUUGCUUACUUUUCAAACUGUGCAUACAGAAUAU